AUGCUUCCUGAGAUUGCUUCUCAAUAUUCUUGGAUUCCAAAGUUUGUUAUUGAAAUUUUUCUAAAACAUUAUUUUGCUUGUCAAGUCCGCAAACCAGUUAAGCAGCAUGUGGUUUCCAAACCGAUUAUUUCAUUGGAUGUUAUGACCAGAUUGCAAAUUGAUUUGGUUGAUAUGAGAACACGCCUAGAUGUUGUUUCGAAUGAUGUUGUAUAUCAAUGGAUUUUGAAUUGUAUUAAUCAUUUUUCGAAAUUCAGUUGGGCGUAUCCAUUACAAAAUAAAUCGGCUACUGAAGUGGCUAAAUGUUUGAGAGGAUUGUGUUAUGUUUUUGGACCUCCACGUUUGUUGCAUUCGGAUAAUGGUCGCGAGUUUGUUGCUGAUGUUGUUCAAGAAUUGAAAGCGUUGUUUCCAGGUAUGUGUUUCGUAAGAGGUCGACCACGACAUCCGCAGUCUCAGGGUUGUAUAGAGAGAACUAAUGGUGUAUUGACUGGCGCAUUAGUCGUUUAUGGAACUAAUACUAGAGUUGCAAGUGCAACAAAAUGUACACCUCAUGAGGUGAUGUUUGGACAAAAGCCAAGAUGUGAUCAAGAAUUCUGGAAAAUUAUACAAGAAAACGAUAUUGUAGAUGAAGAACAAUUGCUAACACCGGUAGGUGGUUUUUCGGAUGAUAUAGUUUUGGAGGGUGGGCUUGUGGAUCCAGAUGGUACAACAAAUUCUACAAUUUUUAUUGAUACUGAAACUGCUCCUGAUGAUGCUAAUAUACCUUCUCUUCUUGAUGUAUCAUCAACAUCAAUUUGUACUGCUCCUAUUCUUAAUCCACUUUCUGUUGUUUCUCAGCGUCCGCUACCAUCAAGUCCAGUAAUGACAUUAGAUAAGCCUACUGUCAUUGCUUCUUCAGAUGAGACUGGUUUAGGAUCUAACUGUUGCGCUAAUAUUCUCGAUGAAUUAGAUGCACUUUUAAGUUCUGCAGCACCGGUUAUCGCUGCUUUUCAGUCACCAUCACUUGUUGAUACACAAACUUUUACUGGUUCGUCAUCUGUUUCAUCCAUUGUUGACAUUCCAUCAUCAUCAAAUACUUUAUCAUCUUCUGUUCAAUCUCCACGGCAUGCAUUAAUACGCAGACAAGCCACAGACAACUAUUUAGCUACAGCAAAUAAAAAACGUAAACUAUAUGACGAACAUUUACAAAAUUUAGCUGAAACACUCAAUGUAGGCGAUUGUGUUGGUAUCAAUAUUCAUGAUGUUGACAGAACCAAUACAGAUCCGAAACUUUUACCAUGUUUAAUAUUUUCAAAAGAAAAAAAGGAGAUGACGUUGCUUUUCAACUAG